GAAGAUUCCUACUUAGAUUAGAGUUAAGUCAAGAAACAUGUUGCUAUAACUGUACAACAUCGCAAUUUGUUUUGCAUUAUAUACGAACAGCUUUGCUGCGACCGAGGAAAAUAUUUACCUGACAAAUGGCGACUUUAAGCUAGCAGAAAAACUUCCUCCUGUUCUGCCCAAUGCAACGAUUUUUGCUCCACCUAUGGACGACACACAUCCCUCGAGAAAAAGAGUGAAACGAAACGUUUGGAAACAUGGACAGUGGCCUAACGCCCGCGUUCCAUAUACAUUAGAUCCGACAUUCGACAACAAUCAGAGAGCUGAAGUUGCAAAAGCAUUCAAAAACUAUCACUCAAAAACUUGCGUUAAAUUUGUGCCGAAGAAAGCUACCGACAAAGAUUACGUUCAAAUAUUACGUGACGAUAAUGCGUGCGGUGUUGCUGAAAUGUGUAAAAAAGGUGGAUCUCAAUAUGCCAAGUUUGGUGGUGGUUGCAUUGGUUCGGGGGUAAUGACACACGAGUUAGGACAUACACUGUGCUUCGGUCAUGAGCAAACCCGGCCUGAUCGUGAUAAUUACAUAUCAUGGGAUGCCAGCAAAUGCAAACCUCAUAACAAGGACAAUGCUAACGAUUUUACGACCCUUGACCUGUUAUAUGAUUAUGUGAGUCUGCAGCAUUACGAGGGAGAGUGUUACAACGGUUGCAUUAUACCGAAACUUCCGGGAGUGACAAAAUUUGGAUCUGGUGGCGAAUUGUCGGUGUGGAUGCAGAAAAAAUUAAUAUUUUUUACAAUUGUGGAGGAUGCUAUUCGUAUCGAUUUAGACCAAUAUCCCUAAUAACCAAUGAUAAUCUGGUUGCUGGCGGGACGGACAUUUAUGGUGACACUUUGUAUCCUUGUCGUGGCUAUUAUAAUGGGGAUAUUGUGCCCGGCAAAGGAAAUGUCAAGUAUCCCUCUUGUCAUGUUUCAUAUAAUGGCGGAGAGUACAGGCUUGACGACAAUUUCGAAAUCCUUACCAAUCCGAAAAAUGUUAACAUAAACUGGAAAAAACGCCCGAAUGAUGGCUCAUUUCCAGCGAAUGCCAUACGGAGUGGUAGAACGGCAGAAAGAGAACCGCUAUAUAUUGGACGGUGUACGUUGCAUUUCGACGGGAAGUCUACAACGCUAAUUGGGAAAAUUCAUAGAAGUGCUUCGAAGGGUCUGUACGUUCCUUAUGGAGGACGGGAAUACAUCUGCAACGAUUAUGAUAUUUUAGUGUGCGAUUAACCUAUCGGAUUGUUGUAAUCACAGUCGCGAUGAAAAUAAAUUCUGUGAAAAAAUUCAAAUUUCGUGUCAUAAUUAAC